GCGGGAUCAGGAGUUGUCCAUCUGGUAGGCGGCAUGGCGGCCCUGGUAGCCGCUGUGUUCGUGGGCCCCCGCGUGGGCCGCUUCCCCUCCUCCUCCUCCUCCCCCUCCUCCCGCCAGCCUUCCAGCCAGCUCUACCGGGCCACUGCGGCGCCGCAGCUGUACCUCAUGGGAACACUGCUGCUGUGGUUUGGCUGGUACGGCUUCAACCCUGGAUCUCGCCUGGAGAUCUCCACCUACAGCUCGGCCACCGUCGUCUCCCGCACCGCCGUCACCACCACCCUCUCCGCCUGCGCCGGCGCGCUCACCUGCCUGCUGCUGGGCUACGUACGGCACCGGCUGUGGGACCUGCUGACCACAUGCAUCGGGGCGCUGGCGGGGCUGGUCAGCGUGACGGCGGGCUGCUCGGUGCUGGAGCCGUGGGCGGCUAUCAUCUGCGGCUGCAUCGGCGCG